AUGGUGGAGGUGCCCAGGCAUUACCGAAAGUACUACGUUUCGUACAAGAAGAUUAAGAGGACCAUAGUCAAGAUGGGACACAAGUACAGAAAGAAGCUCGAGAAGGAUUUGAUACAAAGUGCAGCCAGGAGGGUUGACGAGCAGGGCAUAAAACUUCUGCCUCCCUUCCUAUUCAACGACCUCAUCACCCAGGAAAUCAAAAAGAUAAACAAAUUUUCGGAAAAAAAGUACAACGAAAUUAUCGACAUCCUCAUGAGCACCUACGAGGAACUCAAGUCGAUUGACCUCUACUCCUGUAAAAAGGAAAAAGAAGAAAUGGAGAAAAAGAUAGACUUAAUAGGCUGCGACAUUGUCCACUUUGAUUUUUACAUUCACAAGAAUUGCAAAAUAUUAAUGAAGUUGGGUUUUUAUUUUGAUCAUGUAAUGAACAUCUCCAUCAACCAGUGGCUACUUCUUGGCUUAAUAAAGGAGAAGUUCUGCAACAUCAAUGUGGACGAGUUGGUGGUGUAUCUAUCCGUUCUGUAUGCCCUGCACCGUUCUCGCUCUGAAACAAGCACGUACAGCGGUGCGAAUGCACACAUCGAUCCGAACGAGGACAACCUCGCCAACCCAUGUAACGCUGCUCCCUCCCCAGAAGGAAAGACCUGGGUCCCACCGGAAACAUUCGAACGCACAUCCACCAAGUUCCUAAUGAAGUACGAGGACAUCGUGUAUACCAAAGUAAAAAUUGUAAAGCACCUUCCCUAUUUGAUAUUCGGCCUAAGUAAUCAAGACUUGGAAGAGCACUUCCGGAACUUCGGCCAAAAGAAAAAUAAAAAACUCGCCGCUCAGAUGGAUGGAGAGUUAGACGAUACACAUGAGAAAAACAAACCGCUCAACGAAUCUCAACAAAUAACUUCUGUCUAUUUGGACAAUGAAGAAGCCACUUGUUACAGUAACAGAAUUUUGAGGUAUGAGAAUGCGCAACUUAUUCGGUUCAGGUGGUACAACGAUAACGAUGGGAACCCGGACAAAACCAUUUUUAUUGAAAGGAAGAUUCAUCACGAGGAGUGGACCGGAGAGAUCUCCACCAAGGAGAGGUUUGAGUUGCAGCAGAAAUAUGUUUUCAAAUUUAUGACUGGCCAAAUGGAUGUACCGAAGUUUUUCCAAAGGAGGAGAGGCACAAUGGGGAAGGAGGGCACCCAGGUGAAAGGUACUUGCGUGGGAAAUUUGGAGAAAAAAUUAAAAAAGAAUGAGAAACUUGCAAUGGAAAUCCAAGCCAUGAUAACGAAAAAUCAGCUAGAACCCAUCAUCAGAACAUCCUACCUCAGGUCGGCGUUCCAACUCAGUGACGACAACUCAAUCAGAAUUUCCAUCGAUACAAAUGUGUCCAUGCUGAACGAAUAUGUACGAAAAAGAGAACAUUGGUGUAGGUUAGCAGAGGAGGCUUUGCGAAAAAAUGAAAUUAGACGCCUGAAUUAUGCAAUCAUAGAAGUUAAACUGAAGGUAGAGAAAAUCCCACAAUGGGUUCAAGACAUAUUAAAUAGCAACCAUUUUAUAAACGCUUAUAAAUACUCAAAGUAUCAAACAGCCAUGGCUUUGUUACAUCCCGAGAAAAUUAAAUAUAUUCCUGUGUGGAUCCAUAGUAAUGUCCAUGAGAAAUUCAAGCCAAACAAUAAUUAUGCAGAAUCGGUCUUGACUGGGUAUAGUAGUUGUGGAAAGGGAGAUAAUACAAACGCUGAUUCUUUGCAGGCAUCAGUUGGUGUCACCAUCGAAAAUGCUGUUACUGUUGCCAAGGGAGCAAGUGACUGCCAGGAAAUAAUACAUCUACAGGGAAGUGGUGAUCCCCCUGUAAAAAGAAGAAAUAAAAUCUAUGCGAAUGGUUAUAUACAACAAAUGACCAAUCCAUCCUCUCAUCAGUCUUUAGAAAAAUGGAACAUCUUAGAUAAAACUUCCCUUUGGCUGAGUCACAAAUAUAGCAGAAAUAAAAAUGCGCAGGAGAAAAUCGACCUCCUCAAAAUCGAUCCCAAAAUAAAUUUUGCAGCGGAGAGAACUUUUCUUCAUUAUUCUCUGGUCUCCGUAUACAUCACCUUGUUGGCACUUUUUUUAGAAAAAUAUAAAAAUGAAAAUGAAGAUUUGGAUUUAGUCAUUAUUUUGUUGCUCGCAACUUCCUUCUCCUCUUUGAUAUCAUCCUACUUCCUCUUUUUGAAGCGCAUCGAGAUCAUUGACCGGCGGAAGACGAAGGAACCGCUCCUGGGACGACGCCGCUUCGACAGCUUUUACAGCCCCCUCAUUUUUUUAAUCCUCCUCUUCUUCUCCAUCAUUUUGUCAAUAUAUUUCAACUUCAACGUGAAGGCGAUAAAAGUGGCGAGCUGGACCCCCUUCACCUUUUCGUCCUUCCCCUUUCGCGUGAAGUGA